AUGGACACAAUAAAAAAUAUGUUACUCGUAAAUUUUACAGAAAAUAAUUUGUACAUUCUGUUUUUUUACUAUCAUCAAAUGAAUCCUAUAGAAGUUAUGUAUUUUUGGAAUUGUGUUUUAAAUUUGCUUGAUGAAUCUAAUGUUCUACUGGUACUAGGAUUUAUUUUUGAUUUACAGGAUACUCCACUUCAUUUUCCAAGAUAUGCACAGAAAUCGUUAAAUUUUCACAUACACCAAGUUAAUAAGAAAAUUGCAAAGUUACUUUCUAAAGAAUAUAUUUUUUAUGUAAAAAAUUUAAAGCUAUUUAAAUUUGCUAAAGAAUUAAAGGCACAAUAUUUACACGAAAAGAAAUUUGAUAGUAAUUUGUUUUUUGUAAAUAAUUUAUAUGAGCUACUGAUUAAAACAUCUACAAUAGAAAUUUCUAAUUCCAUAGAAAGUUAUUUCAACUUUGUAUCAUUUGAUAAUGUAUCUGUGGAUGUAACAAGUAAAUUAUUAAAUAAUAUUUAUAUAGUUGAAUUAAAACAGCGGAAUUUAUACGUUAAAUAUAUUUGUACUAUCCUUACUGACCCCAAAGACAUAUUGGAUUUUAUUUUUUACCAUAUGACUGAGGAAGAACCUAGUAUUUUGGUAGAGUACAUUUAUCUACUCAAUAAAACACUUUAUAACAGUUUAUUAAAUGUACUGUAUGAGAAUAAAAGAUUUUACAGGGUAGAAAUUAUAAGAUUGUUUUUUGAUAUAAAUCUUGUAAAGUUGGAUUUAAAGGACGAGAAUAUUGAAUUAAUAAAAUAUUUUCUAGUAAAUAAGCCAAUAUUUGUAAAUGACUUAUACGAAGUGUUAAAAAAUAAGGUAAGUAAAAAACACCUUACAGGACUGUAUAUUGAACAUUACGAAAUAUUAAAACAUUAUAAGUUUGAUCUAAACAUAGAAGAUUUACUUUCUAUUGCUUCUGAUAAACCUGAUUUAUUGUACGAAAUAUAUGAUAUGUCUCUAGAUGGUGAACAGAAACAGCGCUUUUAUUCAAUUUUUAAAAUGCUAGAUGAGGACUUUAUUAUAAAUUUUUUGAUCAAGCAUUCAGAUCUUGACUUGGUUUCUUAUUUAUUAACUAACCGACAGUUAAAAAAUAAUCUUAAAAACUAUAUUAUCACGAGAUAUAAAAAUAUACCAGCUCUUGUGUAUAAAAUGUUCAUCUACUUUGACAAAUCUGACGUCGUAAAUUACAUAGAAGAUUUUCUCAUCGAUAAAAAAUCGCUUGAAUAUUUUUUAUUUGUUUUAAAACCCACAGACAUCUUAAUUUAUGCGCAUGAAAUGUCUAACAUUUCAAAAGGAAUAAAAAUUCUUGAUCUUUGUUUUGAUUCUCCUGCAUUUAACGAAAAUGAUUUUAUAUACACACUCAAUACUAUAGAAGAUUCUAUGCCUGCCUUAAUAAUAAGGACAUUAAUACUAACAUACAAAAAAUAUCCACAUUUGAGAAAUUUUACUGUUAAUUUUUUGUAUAAAAUUAUAAAUAAAAAUGCUUUACAAAAUUCUAAAUUAAAAACAGGAAUUAUUAAAUGUCUAGAAAUUUUAAAAAGUUCAUCGGUAGAAAUUAUUGCUUCUUUGUCAGAAGAAAGAAUUUUAACUAUUUUAGAUGGAAGUAAGAUGUUAAAGGAUUUAUGUAUUGAGACUGUUUAUAAAGCCGAUUGCAAAUAUAGUAAAGAAUAUAAUAUUCUUAGAGAUGUACUACGUAAAUAUUAUUAA